CCGAACCGAGAAGGGCUUUCCACUUGUGGGUGAAGAACCUCAGCCAGGUUUUUUCCAUGGGGCAGAAGUUCGUGGAGAGUUUGUCCUCGUUCUUCUUUGAAUAUGACACCCCUCGAAUGGUCCUGGUACGCAAUAAAAAGGUGGGACUUACCUUCCGGCUGAUCCAACUGGUAGUCCUGGCGUACAUUAUAGGGUGGGUUUUCCUGUAUGAGAAAGGCUACCAGUCCCGAGAUGGUAUUGUCAGUUCCGUAUCUGUAAAGCUCAAAGGGCUGACUCUUACAAAUGUCAGCGGGAUGGGCCCGUACAUCUGGGACGGCACCGAUUAUGUUUUCCCGCCUCAGGGAGACAGUUCCUUUGUGGUGAUGACCAAUUUCAUCAUCACUCAACGGCAGAAACAGGGACGGUGCCCUGAGAAUCCUGAAACUGGGAAGUGUGAGGAGGACAGUGAAUGCACUGAAGGAAAGUACCUUCGCGGAGGUACAGGUAUCAUGUCUGGGAAAUGUGUGAAUUUUAGCAACACAAUAAAGUCCUGUGAAAUCUUUGGCUGGUGCCCAGUAGAGAUUGAUGACGUGGUCCCCAAGUAAGUUCACAUUCCUGUUCUAAUGACAUGAACCAUUAGUCUGCUCCUGUGUUUCACACUUGGGUUCUUAAUUUUUGGCAGGCGCAACCUCGUGGAGAGAGUGACCAAGCAGUACCUCAGGAACUGCACCUAUCACAAAGUCCGAGAUCCCUUGUGCCCUGUGUUUGAAUUAGGAUAUAUUGUGAAGGAGUCCGGACAGACAUUCUCUGCUUUGGCUCAGAAGGGCGGGGUCGUUGGGAUCACUAUCAGCUGGGAUUGUGACCUGGACUGGCCGGAGAAGUACUGUAUCCCCAUUUACAAUUUCCAUGGACUGUAUAAUGAUAAUAACCUCUCCCCUGGCUUCAACUUCAGGUAUGCCAGGUAUUACCAAGAAAACGGGAGUGACGUAAGGACCCUGUUCAAGGUGUUUGGAAUCCGCUUUGAUAUUCUGGUCAAUGGAAAGGCAGGAAAAUUUGACAUUAUUCCAACUAUGACCACCAUAGGCUCUGGGAUUGGCAUCUUCGGGGUGGCUUCUCUCCUCUGUGACCUGCUUCUACUACAUUUCCUGCCCAAGCGCAACUAUUACAAGCAGAAGAAGUUCAAGUAUGCGGAACAGGACUCCCUCAAACAGAUUUUAGGAUUUGCACUGAACACAGACCCCAUCUUGUCUCCACCUCUUAUCCACUGCCAACGGCUUCUAUCAGCCUGAACAAAUGCCUACUGAAUUUGCCUACUGAAUUCACCUUUCUCCUGGACUUUUGUCUCCUCUGAGGAUGGGGAGAAGGGGCUCUAAGGAAUCCUCGGAAAGCAUUUGAGCAGUCCUGGUGAACACUAAGAAAGCGCUUGAAGAGAAAUCCGCAAAGGACAAAGCCGGAGUUUGACACCUACGACCCAAUGGCUGCUUUCUCCAUGGUGGAAUUGGAAACUUUCUUCUCAAGCAGUGAAGAUGAAUUAAGACAAAUUAAAUGAUCCAUCUGUCUGUACAACAGGUUCACACCCUUCCCUUCUUCCAAGGGAAGCACAUAUGUUUCAGGGCAGAUGUAUGCCGUUCACCCUUUCUCAAUGUUGUCAUCACAACAACUCUGUGUGAUAGAUUAGGCCGAGAAAAAGACCAGACCUCGACUGCAAAGUGAGGAUAUGAGCCUGGAUCUAGUUUGGUGCUCUAUCCACUGUACCAUGCUGCCUCUGGAAACACAAUAGAGUUUCUAUGGGAAGUGUAGGGCCUGAUUCAUGCUAGCCGUUGGCUACCCUGCAGGGACUUUGACUUGUGUGAACUGUCUGGACAUUUUUGGGGGAGCUGUGUAAUUCAUGAUGAACAGAUUGACAGCUUUUAGGUAAAAAGCACUGGUUUGGAAUCAGAGCAGAUCUACUUGAGAAACACAGACCGCCAGCAGAAAAAGAUGUCCUAAAGGUUAGCUGAAAUGCUCCAGGGUUUGUAAAUGUCUUCCCUACAAGGCAAAGUUAGAAUAUUUGUGGAUUUUUCGUUUAAGAAAAAGGAAGAACAGGAAAGAAAUGGGAGGGACCCACCACCACUGCCUGCUGCAUCCCAGUGCACCCGACAUCGUUGCCACCUAUACAAUUGUGCUGGGUAUACUGAAAGUCGAAUGAGAGACUUCUUCUUCCAUAAUCUUAGAAUUUGGGGGCACUCAAUUAAAUUGUCAGGCAGUAGGUUCAAAAGACGUCUUUGCAGAGCGUGUAAUUCACUUCUAGAACUCAGGGCCACAAGAUACAACAAUGGCCACCAGGUUAGAUGGCUCCAGAAAGAUAUUAGACCAGUUCUUGGAGGAGAAAUCUACCAGUGGCUGUUAGCCAUAUGACGAAGCGGAACCUCCAUGCUCAGUGGCAGUGUACCUUUGAAUGCCAGCCAUGGAAUUGGGGAAAUUAGCAAAGCAAAGGCUUCUGGGUUUCUGUGAGGCUGUUUCUGAACUACAGUUGGAAACAGGAUGCCAGUUCACAUGCUUGAACUUUGGCCUGAUCCAGCAAGACUCGUCUUAUGUUCUUCUCCACAAGUUUCUUAAUUGUGCAACUGAAUAAUUGGACGACACUCACAUGCAGGCAGACACACUUUUCCUAGACACAAACGCUACGGCCCCUUUCAGUCAACUGCACUUAGAAAAAUUUCCUGUGCACGUGUCUAGGGGGAAGCAACGUUGCCAAGGGUUGUUUUGUAAUAAUAGACUUUAUUUUUUAAGAAAAAGAAUGAAAUAAACCUCUAG